GGGCUUAUGAAACGACCUGGGGCUACGCCCCCAGGUCGUUAAUAAAAUGAGUGCCUUGAGUAGUAGAGAGAAAGAUAGUAAAAAUGCAGCAAUUGAGAUCUGCAUCACUUACUGGCCAGAUUCAGUCAAGGACCUCAUCCGACACCAGUAUAGCUUGCAGAGUGACAUAAUGGAGGCAGAUCAGCGAGAUUGGGAAGAGAUGUAUGGCCAUAAGCAUAGAACUCGGGCUGCAUAUGAUCCUUGGGCUGACUCCUGGGAAUCUGACCGGUAUAGACGUAGUCCAAGUCCACCGCCACGACCAAGUCCACCUCCAAGGUGGUUCGGCGGAGACGACUUCAUCAGCAUUCACGAUGGCCUAAGAGCUAAUGUCAUUUCAAGAACUAGCUCUACAGUAGACAGUUUCCUUAUUGUUAAGGAAGAAAAAUGCUACUGUACUUACUCUAGCAGCAGGUCUAAAAGCAAGCCAGUAGUCAAUGUUGAUGUGCAUUAUGAAUCUGGUGAUGAGUGUGAUGAGGCUCUUGUGGAACUAAUUAUGAAGGAUAUUGACAAACAUUGGCUAAAUAAGUGCUUUAUUAGAAACAUGUCAAAAGUGAAAUCACGUUCACAUUGAAAAAGCUAAAACUUAUUGCUAUUAUUUUUGUUUGGUAUUAAUAGUGAUUUUAAUAAGUGUGAAGAUAGUUAUAAUAAUGAA